UUUGUACUUUGAGUAUACACUUUUGAAUUGCCAAUCAAAAUAAAGCACAAGAGAAAAUAUGUACAUAAAGCACUUAAAGCAAUUUUCAUGUAAAUCAAAAGCGAAUAUUAAUGCCUCACUCAGUGCAUACUCAUUCUGAAGUCGAUUACAUAUUUUUAUAAUGUAGGGUUUAGAUUUUUUUUCACAGUUGGCCAAGUGGUUAGUGAUUCCCUGGAAUUGAAGGGUCACUAUAAAAAAAAAACAAAAACACAUUAUAAAUAAAAGUGAUAAAGAAAACCAUCAAAGAAAACUGAAAUCUAAAUGAAGAAUGAAUGCGCAGUACAAUGAACGAACAAUGUAUGGAUCGAAGUUGUAGAAUGAAGCGUCCUGAGUCUAAUUGGCGGCUUAGAUCGUUUUGCAUUGUUGUUUCUUAUUGAUCAUAAUAUUUCGGUCGUCGAUCUUAUGAAUUAGCGUGUCCUUGUGCGCAAUCGGCACUCAAGAAUCUACACCUCAGAUCUCCCCUUAUCUUCCUUUUGAUUGUUGUUAGUGUUUUUUUUUUUGUUUUUUUGUGUUGCUGCUCCUGCAUAUUGCACGGCUACCCAAAAGGUGCGAAAGAAAAAAUGAAAAUGCUGUUAUGGCUUUUUCAAGCCGAAACAAAAGCAACAAUAGGGAACAAAACGACGUAAACGGGAGUACAAAAGAAGAAGAAAGCCAUAAAAUACAAAACAAUGGCAUUAACUCAAGUGCACAGCGCAUUCAAGUGUUCAAGUAUGCGGCUGUUUGAAGAAAAGUGAACAACAACAGCAACAACAACACAAGGGCAAAGAAAGAACAAGAGUUAGAAACAGCAAAAACCGAAACAUCAUCAAAGUCGCUUUACAAAAGUAUUUCGGUAUGUGUGUGUGUAUAUGUACAUACAUAUAUACAUAUGGAUCUGUGCUUGUGUCCGAUGCCGAGGUAGUCAUCGUCGGUGCUCCAUAGUAGAGUCCAAAAAAGGGCCAAAAGUACGACGAACCUCAGGCAAUAACAAAUACGUAGCAAAUUAUGAAACAAAAAAUGUAACAACAACUCAACUCCCAUUUACCAACAAUCACAGUCUACGUCCAGCUAGCACUUGAUACAAUCGAUAUUGAUAAACACGGUACAGGGCUUCAACACGUCCUCAACAGCGACACGCCAACACGAUCAACUCCAGCGUCAUAGUCAUCUGCAAUGCAGCAUCAUAAAAAACACUGCACGUUUGUGUGGUUCAGCCGUCUGCAACAUACGCUAUUGCAUACAUAUGUAUAUACAUGCAAACAUGCACACAUCGAUAAAUACAUAACAAACAUCUCAGUGGUUCAGAAUCUCUGCAUCUCAGCAACUCAGCAUCAACCUGCGCGCCUGCGCAGCAGAUUGCAAAACCAGCAUAACAAGAAUUUUUUUCUCGAUGUAUCUGUCUACCUGUUUGCUUCCAUGCUCUACUCACAUAGUAAUACACAGAGAGUGAGCGGUGGGAGAAAUCAAUAUGGUACCUACUUGAGAGCGAGCAUUCAUUGUGUGCACUGUGGGGCAAUACGAUGAUAAUGGUACAUAGUUUAACGCUCAAAUGCAUACAUCCAUACGCCUUCUUUGGAUAACAAACUGAACAUAAACUAAACAUAAUUUCAAAUAAUUUGAUUUUAAAAUUUUAACUCACAUCCCUUUCGGGAAUAUUGAAGCUUAUUUGCUCCAGUAGAUCUGGACAAUCGUAUCAUAGGCAAUGUUAUUUUUGUCUCCAUAAGACGGGCGUGGCUCCUUAAAAUGAAGCGAUUGCAGAGCAAAUUGUACAAAGCUGCGUUGAACUCUUUCGAUCCUUUGGGAGUAAACCGUAUAAAUUGGACUCCAACUUUGACCAUACUAGAGAACUAAGUAUAAAGCGUUUGCCUAAUAUAAGGAUCCUUAAAGUCUCGCGCGCAGUAAGGAAGAAAUUUCACACAAAAGCCGCCCUAUUCCACACCAAUGACAAAACCAAUUGAUUUAACUACUGCGUCUAAAUCUUUGACGCCAAAUACAAGCAUUGUUUGUUCACUCUAAUGUAUGUCUCAAUAGGUCAUAACAAUAACGCAGAACAUUUUCUUUAUUAGAUUAUUUUAAGCCAGAUGAAUUAUCAAAAACAUACCAAAUUGUUUUUGCAUCGAACCAUUUGGUACCACUAAAAAAAGUUGUAUCGCCUUAUUUCCGCACUAAUUAACCAACCUCAACUCAUACCAGUUUCAUACUUAUUAUAGUUGUCAUCUAUAUUUUUUAUAAAGCUUGAUAAAACCUGAAACAAACUGCUAAAUAUUGAAUUGCAGCUGUUUCUAGUCGCUGGUUCCUCGGUAAGUUGCUUAAAACUCGACCGCAAAGUUCCUUCUAAAAUCUCGGAUAAGCAAGAAAGCUACCAGGAAUACCUGGUGAAUUAUGUGAGUUAAAGUCGAGCGUGUUUCGAAACCCGGAGCAACUCAUUACUUAAUCAAUUUUGUUGUCAGCGAUUUGAAAUUUCGACACAAUAUUCGUGAGGUAUCAUGUAUUGCUCUAUCUGGGUUCAAUCCUAUCAAAGGUGGAGAUAAUUAUAAGCAAAUGUAGAUUGUCUUACGAGAGCCGUAGCAAGAGGACUCGGCUGGGUCUGCAAUUUGCUGUUGUUUUUGAUUUCGCCAUCAACUAUGGGUAUUUAAAGAUCUACGUUUAUUAUUGUUAGUAUUAUUUCUUGCUGUCGCGUCUAUUGGAGGCACAUAUUGCCGUAUCGCUAGUUAGCCGCUUGAUGCAAGGCAUACGCUGUUUACAGUCGCCCAUCCUAGGCCAGAUGAUGGUCCUUUUUUGGUCCGAACAUUGAACUAUCCGCUACCUGAGAACGCAUCCGAUGGGAGACCAGUAGUUCCGCACAGAAAGAUCUAUGUUUGCCGCUGAUAUUAUUUAAAGUAUCUCUGUCCCAAUACAAAAAUGCAAAAUUGACCGACAAGUCCAAUAUUUCACAACAUAAACAUGUCAUAUAAUCGGUUCUCGUUAAUAUUACGUUGCUGGCACUUUGUUGAUAAUGAAGCUCCGAGGGAUCAAAACGAACGUCUAUACAAAAUAAAACCACUUUUGGACCUUGUUAUCAAUAACUGGAAGAGCUUACUAACACCUGGUGAAUGUUCCGUCAAUGACGAGUAGAUGAUGCCGUUUGGAGGCAGGAUAUCUUUCCGUCAAUACAACCCAUGAAAAGCUCAUAAAUACGGCUUGAAAAUCUAUAAACUGUGCACAGAAGAGUGUUUUGUCUGGAAUUAUGAUAUUUACAUAGGACGUGACCCCGAGAUUGCUGAUUUGGAUAAGCCUGGGAGUGUCGUAAUAAGAAAUAAUUAAAAAUAAUUUGUGAUUUCUGCGUAAAAUAAAAAUAUUUUUUCGUAUGUCCCGGCGUUUUUCUUUACUUUAUUAUCGUACCACCACGUCCAGUGCAGAAACUGGACAGUUCCGUUUCAUCCAGUCGAAUCAUUUGCUUUAGAAGUUUCAUAUACCCCCUGACGCACAUAUGGCUCAGGAACGUAUCAGUGCUUAUCAGGCGCACGUUUCCUGAACCAUAUGUGGCUCAGCGGACAGGGAACGUGUUAAUUUAAUUAAAUAACCAGCUUGAGUCUGAAGUAUUCGAUUAUGGCAGUCAAAAAGUAUGCUAUAAAACCAAUAUUGGUAUGUGCAAGCUUGUUAAUAGUCGUUAUUGCGCCACUUCAAACAGAUGGAGUGAGUACACUACCAAUUAAUCCAUUGUUUGUAAUGUAAUGAGUUUCCGCGAUAUUAGAUAUGUAUAUUGCCCCGAUGCAAAGUAGCUCUCAAUACACGCAAAGUAGAAGUGAAGAAAAGGUUUACAGCUUACUAAACAUUGGGAAUAAGCACCAACCUUAAGCAAAGUCUCAACUUAACAUGCACUUAAUAUAUGUAAGUAGUGGGGUGCUCACUAGAUUACAUUUUUAGUCAAGAAAUGUAUAGAUUAUUUUGAGCAGAAACUUCUAGUUAACUACUUACAGGACACAAAUCGAAUUUAAGCUUGUGGAGUGUCAAAAUAUCAACCCCUGAGCCUAACCUCAAAUUGAGUAACCUUCAACCGGGCGAACUUAUGUUUAAAAAAAUCGACAUAGGCAAGAUGCGGAUCGAAUAUCUUACCGCAGAUAUUUCUAAUCUAUAUAUAUACAUAUAUAUAUAAUUGGCGCGUACACCAUUUUUGGGUGUUUGGCCGAGCUCCUCCUCCUUAUUUGUGGUGUACGUCUUGAUGUUGUUCCACAAAUGGAGGGACCUAAGCCGUUUCCGAACGUCAUAUAGUUUUUUAUGAGAAGCUUUUUCAUGGCAGAAAUACACUCGGAGGUUUGCCAUUGCCUGCCGAGGGGCGACCGCUAUUAGAAAAAUGUUUUUCUUAAUUUUGAUGUUUCACCGAGAUUCGAACCGACGUUCUCUCUGUGAAUUUCGAAUGGUAGUCACGCACCAACCUAUUCGGCUACGACGGCCGAUGUAAUCUAUAGUUUUUCAUAAUUCUUAUAUGUACGUGGGUGGACCAAUAACUCCCCGAAAAUUUAAAUCAGAGAUACUGAAAAAAACUUUUUAAAGUCUAUAUAGCUGCUAAUAUUUUCAAUAACGUUUUAGUCCACCCUCGUACGUGAAUUUGAUUAUUUAAUUUCUGUUACUAGUAGUUACAAAACUAACACAGUGUCCCACUGUUUAGGAGAUGAGUAGAGCUCAAAAAAUUUACUGAGCCAAAGAACGUUCUCUGGUUCUACCUCCGUUUUUAUGAUUAUGAGCAACUACACACCAAAAUACAUUUAUGGGUAAAUGUGUGCAUAUGCGUGCGUGUAUGUUCUUACAACUUUAUGAAUAUUUACAUGCAGAGGUAGCUAUCAGUUGGCAUGUUUGUUUGUUUGUUUCUCCGUUUGUCUGUUAGCUGUCUGCUCUAUCGAUGUUGUGAGCUAUGCACACACUCCAUGUACAUACACAGAUGCACACUCAUAUCUAUGUUUAAACCUCGUUAUGAACUUCGUCUUCGGCCAACGUCUGUCCAGCGAUGCGCUCAUCUCAACACGUCUGUUAAUCCGUUGAGGUCAUUAUUUUUUAUGCAUCAAUUCUGUGAACUGAUUUAUACGCGUGGAAUGUUUUAAAGCGCCUUGAGCUGCGCAUCAACAGUAUAAGCAACGGACGAAGCGCAUGAGUCGCGUCAGGCGUUCAGUAGCAGCAGCAGUAGUAAAUCGGGUAGCAGUAGUUUGUCAAGUUAGCGCUGCGGUGGCUGUAGUAGCUGUAUCAAAAGCGUGCGCUAAAUAUUUGUCAUUGUCAUUAACGUCAGAGUAUUAAAUGUUAUCGGCUGUUGAAAAUUUUGGCCCGUUGGUCGGUCCGGCUGUUGCACUCUCUCACCAUCCUCAUGCCGCGACGCAUCAUCUUCAAACCAUUCAACACCACCAGCAUCCCGCUCAACGUGGCUAUGCACUGGACAUAGUUUCCGCCACAGCCGCUGAUGCCACUGUGCGCGUUACGGCUGCGCUAUCGCCACCCACGUCAGUUCCCUCUGCCGUCAACAUCACCACACAAGCUCCGCUCACACAUACACAGUUAACGCAAUUGAAUACGUUGCAAGCGCUUAAGUUGCACCACCAAAUUCAGCAACAGUACGAGCAACACCUGACAAAUUUUCUGAACGCCUCCUCCCAGUCUUCCACAAUAGCUGGCGUUACGGUGCUACCGCAUCGCCCACAGGCACCAGUGGGCGCGCUUAACGAAGCAGACAUCUCAUUGGCUCAUAAGCAGCAGCAGCAGCAACAACAAGAACAGCACCACUAUCACCUACAACAGCAACAGCAUAUGCGAGAACAACAGUCAAUCGGCGCUAAUUUGGCACGCUCCUCAAACGCGCCAAAGUAUAUGAGCUCGGCGCGCGAUACCACCACAACAAUGAUGCCACUUACUGAAUUCACCCCACCACCAAAACUGAAACACGAACAACACACACAUACGCUUGAAAAUGGCCAAUCUGGCCCCAUAAAUCUGGUCACAAAUGCGAGCAAUGCUUACGCGGGCAAUGCGAAUUACCAAUUGGCCGCUAACACCAGCAACAGCAGCAAUCCCGCAUCCAUCGACAAUAGUCGCCCGUCUUCCUCUUCCUCAUCCGUAGAUGUGGAGAAUGAUGAGAGCAUGUCACCUGUGAGUAGUAAUUCAGCGCAAGUCGGACGCAAGAUUUUAGAUCAUGCGACGUUGCUCGGUGGCGGAUCUGCCGCCAAACAGCCCACCUAUAGCGAAACCAGCGCUUCUUCAGCUGCUGCUGCGGUAGUAGCCGCCUAUCAAUACAACUAUUCUCAAAUCUAUGGGGGCGGUCGUCCAGCGGGCCUCUACAAUGCACCCAUUAUUUUUACAGCACCCAAUCCGCAUGUUUCACAACAUAUAGUUCAGCAUCCAAAUGCCGUACAUGGCGCGCACGUGCCACCAGCCUACCUCGGUGCAAUGGGCACACAUUCACCAGCGAUUUCCCCUGAUGAAAGCGGUGUUUACCCCGCCGAAUACUUGAAAGCGCUGCAGAACGCAGUAGCGGCAGGAGUUUUUCAAGCGGCGUCACCCCAUUCAACGUCCGUUUUUCAAGCCUCCCCGCUAGCCAAUAGCAAUUCCACGGCGUCUGCCGGUAUAACUAAGUCGAGAUUACGUAGCCCCGCUGCAAACACUAUGUCGGCGCCAGUGACUGUGGCCUCACCGCCAGCCAAAGGCGAACAACGCACCGCGACGACGACAAAACUCUCCACGGGUACUUAUUUAUAUGAAAAAGCGAAGAGGUCACCACCUGAUAAGCCGGCGGAAACAGAAAAAUUCUUCAAGAUACCCAGCGGUAAAGAAGGCUCGCUAAAGCAUCGCAUACUCACAAGGCCGGCGAGUGUUGACAAGACUACCACGACGCCCGGGAAGACACCUGUUAUGCGCACUCACAACUCCACGUCGAGUUUCAAGAAGGGUUCAUAUAUUGAACUUUCAAAUGGUUCAUUGCGUCGUGUGGAGGAUAUGCGCACAGAGGACUUCAUACAAUGCGCUGAGCGCAGCCCAUAUCAUCAGUUAAUCGAGUCCACGGUGGUGAAAAUCAAUAAUAACUCGGCGUCGAAUAGUGUUGUCAUUGCAUUUAGUUACGAUCGGAAUCAAUCAAAGGUUGACAUGGAGGUAACCACCGAUCACCCGUUUUUUGUUUACGGCCAAGGCUGGGCAUCUUGCAAUCCCGAGUUAUCUCUUAAAGCUUACGGCUUGAAAUGUCAACGCUUACAAGUCGGCGACAUUUGCAUUUCCCUCACAAAACGAGAACCACCGAAUAUUAAUUUAAGCAACAACAAUAAAGGCAGUAAUAGCAAUAAGCACAUAUAUCCACUUGAAGCGGCAACAACGUGCCCAACAACAAACGAAACACAAUGUCUAGAACGCGAUCUCCAACCACUCAUACUCAGUGAAAAUGUAUAUACCACGCAUUUGAAACCCGCUAGCGCAUGUCCGCCCACCGCACAAUAUCCCAUACUACGUAGCCCUCAUGGUACAAUGCAUUUCAUGCCACCACAUCUGAUUACUAAUGCACCGAUACAUCCUGCCUAUGGAGCUACGGACGGCUAUGCGCGCUUCUCCUUUCCCACGACGCAAGCGCAACCCGCACUACCCAUGCAUGCUACGCACGCUCAACAUACGCACGAUACAACAGCCGCAGCAUCACAGUCGCAGUCGUCGUUACCUCCAUCGAAUAACAUCAGACCAGAGCAGCGCGAGCAGUUGACAUCAGCGUCGACGUCUGCAUCAGCGUCAGAACGAAAACGCCGUUGGUCGGCGCCAGAAAGUUUCUCCAAUAGUGAGGACGACGACGAUGACGGAGAAGCGGCCCACUAUGAACCGCCAUUGCGGCAAAAGUCCGCGCCGACGGCAGCGGUGAGCUGCAAUUAUAAGCCUUAUAUGCCGACCAAUACGCCAAGUGCUGUGACGACAGCGACUGGUCAAUUUAACUGUGAUUUUUCAACAAACUACAAAUAGCAAAAGAUCUCAAUGUUCGUGUGGGAGUAUGUCAAAGUUAGGGUGUGUUGGGUUUGGGUACAGCACAGAAGCGGUAACAGAAUAACAGAAUAUUUUGCACAUACUUUUUAAUGCAUACACUUGGACACUACAUUUUGCGUACAAAUAGGCAUAAAAAGUAGUUUUUGACGUCACAACUUUGUACGCAGCUCCCCAAAUAUUUGCGUCUGCAUCGUCAUAUAUGUGUUUAAAGGCGUUUUCACCUCUUCAGCUGUUUACGCAUACUUUCGUCAUGGCUGUCAAAUUUCGUGCUGCUGAGUCAUACGUAAUCUUUGGAAAAUGAGUCUCUCUUAUGCUAAAGCAUCUAAACCUUAGUUUCUUAUUAGCGUUGCUCCACCAACUGCUUUCAUUGUUAACUCUUCCACUUUGUCCCGCUUCCCAACAAUGUUUGAAACAAAACUGCGCUGAUAUAUGUAUAUGAAGGGAUGCCGGUCUCCCAGCUUUGUGAGCCAGUUUCUUAUAGGAAAUCACUUCCCAGUCCCGCCAUUCUAUAGGGAUGCCUAUAAUCGCUGUGUUCAUAUGUGCAUAUGCGGAUCUAUCGGUAUAUACGUACAUUAUGUAUUUAAGUAUUUAUAUGUGUAUGCGAGCUGUCAGCUUUUCUUCAAGUGUUUCGUUAAUGCUAAGCAAAUUACUGUAAAAAUAGUUGUAUGUAUAUAUAGUUAGUUAUAAAACCCAUCAGGCGCGUACAUAUGUAAGCAUAUAUGUGUGUACAAUAUAUGAAUAUUCCAGGCGAUGUACAUAUAUGCAAUAUAUAUGUAUGUAAUACCAUGUCAGACUGUACAUUUGAAAUUAUAGCUAUUUGUAAAUGUAAUGUAAUUAUUAUUAUAAGCACAACUAAUAAUAUGUAUUUAUCAUAUGAACGCAUAAAUGAUACACGACUACACACAAACAUACAUGCAUGUACAUACUAUGUAAUUAUUGUAUUGUAUUUAAUGAAAAAUAUGUGUAUAGUCCUGCAAAAGUCACUGCAAUAAAGACUAAGUUUUAAAAUUAAA